AUGGUGAUUGCCGGUUCGUCUGAGCCGUCGCCAGAGCGCGCUGCCGCCUGGGGCUGGCCCUCCGCUCCUGCUGCUGCUCCGUCCUCUCCGGCUGCUGCUCCUGUUCCCCUGGCUCUCUUUGUCGAGCCGCCGGUGUCUGCUCCUGCUGGGGGUGUUGCUGAUCCCCCUGUUCUUGUCCCUGGCGCGCCCGUUGCACCGCCCGCUUCUGUCCCCGACAUGCCUGCUCCGGCUUCUGUUUCGUCGCCGAAGGCGGCGUCCGCCACCACUGGCGGCCCGGCUCCGUCGGUUGCUCCCUCAGCGGCGGGCCAGUCCGCGCCUGCGGCGAUGCCGAUGGCCCAGGCAGGUCAGCCGUCACGCCCCCCGUCGCCUGACCGCCGCCCGUCACGCCCCCAUUCCCCCGCGCUCCAUCAGGAGCGCGCGUCGGGGGGCUGGAGGGGUCCCCGCGGGCGCGGUGGCGGUGGGGCGUACCGCCCGCCCGUGACGAUGGCGGAUCUUCAGCGGGAAGUGUCGAAAGCAGUGCGCGAUGAGAGGGCCGCGCAGAGCCAGAGCAGUUCGAUGCACGCCUCGCCUGCCCGCGUGGCUCCACGUCCGGCUGCGCUCCCCUCGAAUCCACUGCCUGCUGCUGCACCCCAUCCGCAGGUUUCAGCCCCAACGCUUCCUGCUCCCGCUGCCUUGGCCCCUGCUCCUGGAGCGCGCCUUCAUCUGCCGCCGGUUCCGCCCGUGGCGGGAGUGGAAUUUGUGGCCGCGGGAGGAGGAGCGGCGGGGGCACGGUAUUCUCCUCACGUCACUGGUGGAUCGGCGUUUCUUGCUGCCGAUGAGCCGUUUCAUUUCCUGGCGGAGGCGCUUCAGCCUCCUCAGACACAGACGUUUCAUGACCGUCCGCGUGAGACGUGCUUGGAUGCUGCGGACCAGCUCGCACUGCUCCUGGGGCCCGUGUUAGCUGCGCCCGUAGAGGGUGGCGCUGCGGCUGUAGGACAGCUUGACGAGGCUGUCCGGGGUUUGAGGCGACACUUGCGCGCAGGUUCUGGAGCCGCCGCGAUCGGCGCAAGCACGCUUGUGGUCCGGGAGCUGUGGCGGACGUUGACGGGCGUUCUUCACGCCCUUGGAGCUCACCGCAUGUAG